AUGUAAUUCUCAAAAAUAUUAAAGCAUUGUUUCAGCUUUGAGACUAGAAGUAUCGCAAUCACAUAUCACCAUAGAAAUUAAUUGUGAAAAACCUGUGAUCUUAAAGGCAUUCACUGUUUGGAAUGAAAAUUUAAUGUUUUCGAUGACUCCGAUAAAAGCUACCUAUGUUGAGAAAAAUAAUUACUUUGCAAUUCAAAAACCUGGUUGGAUUCUCUUUGAGUUGGUCCCAGUGAUUCGUUAAAAAGAAGGGAAUCAUCACUUGGAAUGGGACAAAAAGAAACAUUAUAGUUUGGGUGUUAAAUAGAUCGGGUAAUUGUUGGUCACAAAAAAUAAAGCAUAUGAUGAAGCUUCGAAUUUCCUUAUCAGUAUUCCUUAAUUAUAACAAAUAAGCAUAUCAAGCACAAGCAAAUGAUAAGAAACUUUUAAAGAUCAAUAAAACUGCAUAAGACAUAUACCUUUCAAUUUCUUAAGAGGAUGAAUAAGAGAAACAAAUCAAUCCAUUUAAGAUUAAUCUGACUCAAGCAGAAUAUGUAACAGCAUUAGAAUUAAUCAAUGUAAAAUUUAUAUAAUAAUGAAAUUCUAGUUUUCUUUGCCUUUUUUAUUGGGAUGGGAUGCAUUGUACACUCCUCAAUAUUCUGAUAGUGAUGCUUAAGAUUGA